AUGACAAACACUGUUCCUUCCUCCUCAGAAUCUGAAGAUCAAGGAAAGGACCUAAGAAGCAACGCCGAAGAUACCAUCUGUCAGGCAAACCUCCAGGAAGACAAGCAGGAAGAGCAUCAGGAUGCCCUUGGAAAGCCGGACCACGAGAGUGGAAAGAUGGAACCAGAGGUUGAGAAGAGCGACUCCGAGGCCAGCGACGAGGAGGAACAGGAAGGAGAGAACACAGACAAUUGCACCCAGGAACAGGAGUUGGAGUCCAUAGAGCUGGAAGACCUUCUGGAAAAAGAGAAACCAUCUGUGUUUGUGGAGAUUGAUCUCGGAGAACAUGCUGAGGAGGUGGUCACAUGUGCCAUGAGAGAAGAGAAGAGGUCCCAGAUGGACAUGGGGGAUUUGUCAGAAGACGAGACCAGGACCAGCUGGGUGUGCUGCAUUCCAUACUCCACCAGAAAGAAGGUGAAGGAGAGUGUGUAGCAGUCCUGGAGAAGGUAAUUCGCACACGGAGACCGGCCAGAUGGGCAGGGGGAGCCUGGGGUGACAGGAAGUAAAAUAGAGGGGGCUAGGCUGCCUGUCUGGCCUCCUCCCAGCUUCCUCGGUCCCCCUCAAGAACUGCCCCUCUGGCCUGUAACUGAGGGUCUCCGCUUCUGUCUCCUGGGGUUGGCCAGACCAGGCAGGGAUGAGAGAUGCAGACAAGCAGCCCUGAAAACCAUGCCACACGAAACUUUUUCAGGGACACCGGUGACCUGGAUGUGAAUC